AUGGUUAAUAUGGAAAGUCCUUUAAGGGUAGAUUUAAGAAAUCAAAGAGUCAAACAGACUACAAGAGAAAAAUGUACAGUUGUUGAUCAGCAUACUCAAACAGAUUUAACAUUUCCUCCAGAACUACCACCAGAUCUCAAAGCUAUUUUAUCUAGAUAUUGUUUAUUCGGAAACACAGAUUCAGAUUCGACUGAUAGCAAUGAAAGCGAUCUUAUCAAUUUUUCAGGAAGUAGAAAAAAAUUAUUCAUUCGUAAUUUUAAUUGUGUUACUCCAAAUCAAAAGAAAGACAAUGGUGGAUGUUUUUCUCCCUUAAGAACUUCAGCUUUAUCUUCUCCAGAGCUAUCACCUGUAAGUGACUCAUCUGCAAUGGACAUUUCCGUCAGAAGUAUUAAUACUACUAAAUUAGAUUUUUCUAAUGAUGUAUCCAUGAGCGAAAAAGAAAAUUUAUUAUCUAAUGAAUGGAAUUUUAAAGAAAGUUCUACUCCGAGAGUAUUAUCAAAACCAUCAGACAUUGCUUUCUAA